AUGCAUGAUCAUUGGAUGAUGGGAGUGAUUAACCUAGCGAGGGCAACUCGCUUUCGUAUGGGUCACCGCCAGUUGGCUAACUUCCGAACUAGCCUUGAAUCCGACGCCUUGCUGCUAACCGAGCAGACACUGGCAUGUCAGUGGUUGGUAAGGCCGGGCCUGGAGGCGGCUUCAAAGCCACAUGUUUUGCAACGGAAGCCGAUGAGGGUAGUGCAGGUCGGGGCCUCUGGGGCGACAUUCGGCUCUGGCUGA